AUGCAAGAAGUAGGAGUUCUCGCCAUAAUUGAGCUAUUAGAGCUACGAGCUGUUUUUAAACUUGCCAUUAUCAUACUCGCAUUUGUGUCGACGGCUUCAUACUUGACGGCAUGCGGAGGUGGGAAACAUAAGCGAGGACAUUCGGACACGGAAGCCGAUGAUACGGAUGAUGAAUCGGAGAAGCCGUCGAAGCGAAAGGCGGCGAAACGGAAUAGGAAGCAUCAGCAGAAGAAGCCAAAUAAUGUCGCGGGUACGCCGGCGCCGAAGCCGCCGAAGAAUCGCGCCGAAAUCGCUGGAACCCAUGAUCCGAACUAUCAGACGCUCGCCGGAUUAUCCAACGACAACAUCUUCCAGCCGAAGGGCGGCGGCGCGGCACCAGUGCCUCCAGCGAAGCCGGCGAUGGCUGCGACGCACGAUCCCAACUAUCAAACGUUGGCUGGACUCAACAACGCGGACAUCUUCAAGGACAAAGGAGGAGCUGGAGCGGGUGGAGGUGGACCGAGAGCGCCGGCAGUCCCGCAGGGCAAAGCUGCCACUUAUGAUCCCAACUAUCAAACACUCGCUGGAUUGGAUAACAAUGAGAUAUUCAAGGAGAAAGGGCCCGCUGGUGGUGGCGGUGGUCCCAAGGCGCCAGCGAAUCCACAAGGCAAAGCAGCGACGUUCGAUCCGAACUACCAAACACUUGCUGGACUCAACAAUGCCGACAUAUUCAAGGAGAAAGGUGGCGGCGGUGGAGGUGGUGGGCCGAGAGCACCAGCCAAUCCGCAAGGAAAAGCCGCAACUUUUGAUCCAAACUAUCAGACACUCGCUGGUCUUAAUCAAGACAUUUUUGGUGCCGAUAAGAAGAAGAAAUAG